GGCCUGUCAGUCACACCUGUCUAGGCCCGUGUCUGUGCGUCUGCGCCGAGAGAAGGAGGAGGGUCUUCCACUCAGUCUUUUUAUUUAUUUCUUUGUUUCCAGGAGAAAAAAAAAAACAACCACAGCGGUAUAUUCCUUUGUGGGACCGCCGAAUAAGAGAGAACCCUGGACCAUACUGCUGUACGUAUUAAAAAGCCCGAUUUAAGGGGGCGAGGAUGAAGCGGCGCAAUGCGGACUGCAGCAAGCUCCGACGGCCCUUAAAACGGAACCGAAUCACCGAGGGGAUCUACGGCAGUACGUUCCUGUACCUGAAGUUUCUGGUGGUCUGGGCUCUGGUGCUGCUGGCAGACUUUGUGCUGGAGUUUCGCUUUGAGUACCUCUGGCCUUUCUGGCUCUUCAUUCGCAGUGUUUACGACUCCUUCAGAUACCAGGGCCUGGCUUUCUCAGUGUUUUUUGUGUGUGUGGCAUUCACAUCAGAUAUUAUAUGUCUGCUGUUCAUCCCAGUGCAGUGGCUGUUCUUUGCAGCCAGCACAUAUGUGUGGGUGCAGUACGUCUGGCACACAGAACGAGGGGUCUGCCUCCCCACUGUGUCGCUAUGGAUACUUUUUGUUUAUAUCGAGGCAGCUAUCAGAUUUAAAGAUUUGAAACACUUCCACGUGGACUUGUGUCGUCCGUUUGCAGCGCACUGUAUCGGGUACCCGGUGGUGACGCUGGGCUUUGGUUUUAAGAGUUAUGUAAGUUAUAAGAUGCGUCUGCGGAAACAGAAGGAAGUACAGAAAGAGAACGAAUUUUACAUGCAGCUGCUGCAGCAGGCGCUACCUCCAGAACAACAGCUCAUACAGAGACAAGAGAGAGAAGCUGAAGAGGCAGCAGCAGCAGCAUCUAAAGGCAUUCAUGAUGUAGACUCUCCAGCUGUGGCACAGAACGGCUCGGCGGGCGGUAAAAAACCCUCAUCCAACACAUUACCAGAGCUGGAAUACAGAGAGAAAGAACGAGGCAAGAACGAGUCCAAAAAGCAACACAACCACAACCAGAACCAUCACAGCAGCACCAGCAGCAGCAUCUUACCGUCAGUGGACAGUAAAGCUCAGGAGAUGGAAUACAUGGAGAACCACGUGAACAGUAAGAGACUGAGCAGCAGCUCAGACCUGCUGGGCAGCACUGAGAACCUGCUGAAAGAGGAACACUCUUCAUCCUCCUCCUCUUCUUCCUCCUCCAACUCCAACAAAAAUUACAAAAAUGCCAGCGGAGGAGGAGGGGGAGGGAGCUCCUCACCCCGGGGGCACGGAACGGCCAAUGGCAGCGUGCCGUCUUCCUCCGGGCCUUCGUCGUCCGCCUCUUCCUCGGGUAAGGGGGACAGGAAACAGAAGUGUGGAGGAGGGAAGAACUCGGCGUCAAACAGAGACCCUGUGGAAAACUGCAUUCCCAACAAUCAGCUGAGCAAACCCGAAGCGCUCAUCAGGCUGGAGCAGGAUGUUAAGAAGCUGAAGGCAGACCUGCAGGCUAGCAGACAGACCGAACAGGAUCUGCGCAGUCAGCUGGGCUCUCUAGGCAGCUCUGAACGCAGCAUACGCUCUGAGCUCGGACAGCUGCGGCAGGAGAACGAACUACUGCAAAACAAACUUCAUAAUGCCGUGCAGGCGAAGCAGAAGGACAAGCAGACAGUGGUGCAGCUGGAGAAGCGUCUGAAGGCAGAACAGGAGGCUCGUGCUGCGACAGAGAAACAGUUAGCAGAGGAAAAGAAACGCAAGAAGCUGGAGGAGGCCACAGCAGCCCGUGCAGUCGCUCUCGCUGCGGCAACCAGAGGUGAGUGCACAGAGUCUCUGAGGAGGAGGAUUUCUGAGCUGGAGACGGAGUGUAAGAAACUCACGCUUGACAUCAAGGUGAAAGAAGAUCAAGUCAGAGAGCUGGAACUCAAAGUUCAAGAGCUACAUAUAUAUAAGGAAAAUGAGAAGGACACAGAAGUUCUGAUGUCAGCGCUGUCAGCGAUGCAGGAUAAAACCCAGCACCUGGAAAACAGCCUCAGCGCUGAGACCCGAAUCAAGCUGGACCUCUUCUCUGCCCUCGGAGACGCUAAGAGACAGCUGGAGAUCGCACAAGGUCAAAUUCUGCAGAAAGACCAGGAGAUUAAAGACCUGAAGCAGAAGAUAGCAGAGGUCAUGGCCGUCAUGCCCAGCGUGGUGUAUUCCGCAGAUACGGGCAGCAUGACCCCAGUCACGCCCCAUUACUCCUCCAAGUUCAUGGACACCAGUCCGUCAGGACUGGACCCCAACGCAUCUGUUUACCAGCCCCUGAAAAAAUGAAUGCUUGUUUCCCACCACAACAGACCUACACUCAUUCUCGCAUACACAGACACACACACACAUACACACGGUCUUCUCUGGUUGUUGUUUUUUUCCUCCAUAGGCCCAGAUUCUGAAUCAUCUUUGGCAUGUCUGUGGCUCAGAUUGCUUUUUUGUUUUCGUUUUUUCGUCUUCUAUUACUACAGCUUCUUGCCCGGUCAGAAGGAUGUUGUAUUGUGUGACUGUAUUUGUUGUAGUAAAAAAAAAACAAAAGACAGAAAAAGAGGACUUUUAAGGGACGUCACACGUUGAGAAAAACUGCUGUUUCUUUUCCCUUGUAAAUGUCUAGAAACCUCACAGAAGUUGGUGAGUAUCUUCCCUCAGUCCAUUCAGAGAACGCUCGCAUCCAUUUUAGUUCCUCUUCUUUGGAUUUCGGCCUUGAUUUUACUGUUUUUUUUUUUUUUCCGGGGGGAUGCAAAGCAGGGCAAGUGUGAGAUCCGUUGUCCCAGGUGCUCUACCCCAUAUCAGAAGAAGAUUUUUACUCAAGAAUGUCACCAUCUAAUAUGACAAGAAUGUAACGCAAAAAAACAAAACGACCCAGAAACAAUGCGACAAAAUUAUCUCACUUGGAUCAGUAUGUCAGGAUCGGACGACUCCCGAUCUUUAAGGACUCGUUUGACGGACCGAAGCUUCAUCUGUGGAUUGCUGUUCUUCCUCCUGGUACAAAAAGACAAACUGCGCCACAAACACAGUCCAGCAACGUAAUUCACCAGUUACAGAUAAUCAGUGCCUUCAUAUGGGACCUCAUUGGUGGAACCGAAAGAUCUCUUCCCUCCCUUUGCCACGUCAUGCCUCAACCACAUCCUUUUUGGUCACAUACGGCAAACGGAUCACCAGCCCAUUGGCGUGAUGAUUCUGCUCCUGUUUUGGUCCGCGCUUGUGAAUUCGGUCAUGUGUUUACAUUAUUAUUUAUUUAUCCGGCGUUGCACUAUUGCACUGUUGACGAGCUCGCAAGGGAAUAUCUUAAGUAUGAAAACACAGGAUACUUUCCUCUCCUUGUUUUCUUUAUUGUAUUGACCAUCUUUCAGUAUCAGACAGAAGCUAGUGUAGUCCAGUGCCAACUAAAACUGUAAAUUUGUUGAAAAAUAAGUGUUUGAGAUCCAUCCGGUUACUGGCUGGUCCAAUGAUCAGAAGCUAGAGGAGAGUAUUAUUGCUAUUAUUAUAUAGUUUGUGUCUUGUUUUCUGAGAAAUACUUGGUUGUGCCACUUGAUGGCGCCGUUGUGUUCAGAAAGUGUUGCUACUUUAAACCCGUUAGACUCUUGGAAAGGUUUUCAUCUGACCAUCAUCACACUAGCUGUGUAAAUGAAUGCAGAUCCAGACGUCUGCUAAGCAUGAAGUAUUACCGGGCUAAAGCAAGAACGUCCCGAGCCGACCCAAUUUUUGGAAAAACCCUCAGAUUUGUGUUUAAGCGAAUACAUUUUGCCAACCAGAGGAAGUCCGUUGCUUCAAACGAGUUCCGGUGCGGUUAGUUUCAGAAGGGGAGAUGGUUACGGUGUUAGUAUUCCAUUGGUGAAUGAUGGGCGGGGUUUAGCCAGAGUCAGUCCUAUGUGGUAUUGUAGUGCUCUGAGAUGGUUGUUGUUUUUGGUGUCUGUUUUUUAAAACUGUGAUGUGAUGGAGGUAGUGGGAAAGUUUGCAAAGUCCAAGUGGUUUAAAUGAGAGAGGGGAGGGGGGGCGACAGUUAUUUUGUUUUCUUUGCCCGCUGUCACUUCUAGCUUUCUGUCUGUUUUUCGGCCAGACCUCGGCUGCACUCUCUGUGAGGUCUCUGUGAGGUUUCAAGUAAUAAAACAUUUUUUUUUGUUUUUUUUUCUGGCAUUUAAAAUUCUUUUGUGGUUUGUCCAUUGAUUGUUGUGCUUUCUAAAUGCUUGCAUGCAAAAUUAUAGGUGGGUCACAAUACAUAGUGUUUUGACAGCAAGGAAAAACAUUGCUAAAUGCAAAUGAUAUAACCGAACUAACCUAAUUAUUAUGGUUUAUUUUGGGCUGAGCGAAGGGUUAAUUUAUGAUGAAGAAUAACAAUGAAACCAGUACAAAGUUCUGAAUACAUUUCCCCUAAGAGUAGGUAAACAGUAUUUGUUUAUUGGAUUUCUCUGGACAGAUUUUCAUUGACAGAAAUUGCAGGAGUACAUA